CUCAUGGAGGCCAGAACGAGCAGCAUUCUCUUGCGGAAUUGUCACACGUAGAAUGCCCAGCAAGCGUUUCUCGCCCAACCCAGUCGUGACCGCGAUGACGAUUCUACUGCUGCUACCGCUGCUUCUAGUUUUUCUUCUGGUGUUGACUCCUCGGGUCACACCCACAAGAGCUCAGAUUCCUCAAUUGCCAGAUUUGAAUUCUCGCAGCGUUAUGCUGGACGCUACUCGUCAUCGGUUGGAAACUUUAUUUUUAACUGAACCAGUUCCACAUUCACGCAUCCGAUAAUUUAUUGGACACGAGAGCUCUACUCAGGGCUUCCGAUUCAGACCAGCCAACACUUCAGGAAACUACGUUGUCGUGCCUCAGCUGAGCAAAGCUGACCCAGUCCGAUUUCCAGGCGGUACAAAUCAGUUGCACUGCGCAUGGGAUCACCAUCGUUCCGAUGAUCGAUACGCCAGGGCACACGCUUGCCAUUACUCAGUCAAAUUCACCCAUCUAUCGUUCAUAUGGAGUCACUAUGACAUCGGCAUUGAAACAGUAACAUAUAAUGAUGGAACCUCGGCAUAUAUACAAAACAAGGGAUUCGUAUACAGAUUAGAAGCAAUUGCGGUCGUUACCAGGCAAUAUACAA